AUGGCAGUACAGAUAGUAGGGUUGAAGAAGCAGCGAAGGGGGAAGGACGGCACCUGUAGCGCUACUGAUAUUGUAAUGGUCAUGCCAAAGGAGAGAGCAUGGCGACUAUCAGCGUAUCGGCAGAAUAUUGAGAAUUUGUCGGAAAUUCAAACAGCGGGGCCUCCUAUUGAGGUGCCGUGGUCGAGCGAUGGAGUGGCGAAGACGCAAGCGGACAUGCCGAGGUCUGCGGAUGAGGCUGUUGGCGAGAGAGCGGUAGCCCGUGACUGGUUGAGUAAAGAACGGACGAUCUCGGAAUAUGGCGAAGUGGGGUAUAACGACAAUAAAGUCUUCAGAGAGGCGCCUCGAGAGGAGUAUGAGGAACUCGCUAGACUGGGCGAACACAACCCGCUCGUGGGUUUCGAGGCUGAGGAUUAUGAAGGUUCGGUCCCGAACUAUAAGCAAAUGAGAGACUUCGAAUUGGCGGAACAAGAGACUAAGGAGAAGUUGAAAGCAGAAAGGAUACGCCUGGCUAAGCUGGCUUCGGGCACGCCGCAUAGCAUAGUGGUGGAGCCAGAGCAGAACGCUGAG